AUGUCUAACCUUGAUCGCGAAAUUCAGCUCUUGCGCGAAGAUUCAUCAAUUUCGCUUUCCGAUAGAGACCUUGUGCUUCGCUUGCUCCAAAAUCCAGACCUUUUGCAGUUCUCCAGCACAGAGACGGUUCAUAGGAUCACCAGCCGCUUGUCUUUGCAACAGAACGAAGAGGCCUCUGCCUUUUUGGAUACGCAAUCAUCACAACGAGCCUCUCUUACACGCUUCCAAUUACCCGUCAUUGGACCACGAGACUUCGGGCCUGGUGAGACUGCUGCACCAAUCCAAGACCCCCAAUCGGCUGUGAUAAAACGCCGUUCUCGGGAUCACAGCUUUCUAGACUCGAGUAGCCUGCUAUCGGAUUUGCUUGAACGUCUCGAAGGAGAAACACCCCUGACUAUCGACCCGGGUACGACCCACGGACGCACCACGCCGCCCAGCCCUUCAAUUUACAACAACAAUCUAGGUGAGACAGAAACUUUCUUUCGUGACUCUUCCAGCUCGAGUACCCAGGACUCCCGAGCGCUACUCCCUGGUGUCAAGCUUCCCGGUCGCACCUUGAGCCAGUCUUACAGACAGGUGAUUGAUGACUUUCCUGCGGAUGAAUGCCCGAAUGACAGCGAUAUUCCUGCACAGCUUUUGGAAAUCAUACCCCAAAGUCAUCAACACGGGUUUCCUGCUUGCGAAAACAUCACACAGGCUAAUUCAUCGAGCGUCCAGGACACGACUCAGACAUACCGAUACAUCAAGAUGGAUUCACGCGCGUCAACUUUCUUAGACCCCUCCUCUGCCAUAACAGCGAUCACUAGGCAUAAAGCCGAGGCGAUCAAGCUGGCACGAGAGCAGGGGACUGCCGUCAGGGAAAUGUGUCGUCGCGCAAAGACCGAGGUGCCACCAUACGAAUUUGAGGAAUUGAUCGGCAAGGGUGCCUAUGGCCGAGUGUACAAAGGCCAUGAAAUACCUUCUGGUCGGCUGGUAGCAAUUAAAGUCCUUGAUAUUGACUCUUUGGACUACAAGUCAAACCGUGACUACCGAGAUGAGUCAAUCAAGGAUUUUAUUCAUGAGACCAAGGUGAUGAAGCAAGUCAAAGACUCAGGCGCUAAGAAUAUCAACGAACUCAUCGAAGCUAUCUCCAUCCAUUCUCAGUUGUGGCUAGUCUGCGAGUACUGCCCCGGUGGCAGUGUGCGGACUUUGAUGCGCGCAACCGGUGAUAAACUCGAAGAGAAUUACAUCAUUCCCAUUGCGCGGGAACUUGCUGUUGGAUUGCAUGCUAUUCACGAGGCUGGUAUCAUCCAUCGUGACGUAAAAGCUGCCAAUAUUCUCAUCCACGAAGAAGGACGAUUGGAGAUCUGUGACUUUGGUGUAGCAGGUGUCUUGCAAUCGCAUCAGGAUAAACGCUCUACGUGGAUUGGAACGCCACACUGGAUGCCCCCCGAGAUGUUCUCCAUGCGGGGGCAGGCGCACGAGUAUGGCAACGAGAUCGAUGUGUGGGCAUAUGGCUGUACCUUAAUCGAAUUUGCCACAGGCAACCCUCCGAACUCGGGACUCCGCGAGCGAAUGCAAAUCGGACGUCAGCUUAAUCGAAAUACCCCCAAGCUUGACAGCGACGAUUACAGUCAGGGACUGAAAGAUCUUAUUGCGUAUGCGCUUGACUCCAAUCCAGCCACUCGUCCAACGAUGGCAGACAUCUUGACACACCCCUACAUUGCUGAAACAGAAGAGGACUACCCGACCCUCUCCGUCGCUGAGCUUGUUAGGAACUACUAUCAGUGGUCACAACGGGGUGGGCAGCGAGUGUCUCUAUUUCACCCUGGAGGUGCAGCAGCGGCAGAACUCCCAGGAGCCGAAGAAACCGACGAGGAUUGGAGUUUCAGCACGACGGAUGGAUUUGAACGAAGAUUCUCUGUCAUUGAUCUGGAUCAAAUCGCCGCUUCCCUUGCCGAGAUGGAAGAAGCGAUCAGCCCGACAACCCCAGCACCCGACAGUGAUCUCGGUGACGAGUUCAAUGAAGCCGACCUGAAUCCUGAGGAUAAAGCCAAUUUCGACGAGCGAGUCCGCCGUGGUGCAGAAGCUAUGGAAGGACUUUUUAACGAGGAUAUGCCAAGCUACACGUACGAGACUAAGCGCGAUUUCGUUCCUAUCCAACCCAGCCCCCCGCCUUCCGACCUCCCUCUCCGCACCGAGACGGAUCGAUCAUCGGUCACAUCCACUUUUAUUGACAUCGAUAUUGGUUCCUUCGACUCCUCCCAUUAUGCGGCCGGUACACCGGCCGCGCAGCCUUUCCAGCUUGCUGAUGCGGACACCAUUCGCGCAAAUCGGUCUAGUAUCCGCAUUCCUCGUGGAUCUAAUGAUUCUAGUUCCCAGUCUUCCAACAGUGAUAUCGAUAUAAACGAAUCUCAGGAUGAGGGGUUCAAACCCUCAGGCCCACGACCUCCCACGAUGGACUGGAAAUUUCCUUCAUUCUCCAUGGCCCCGCCUGAGGAUGGUGAACCCGAAGCUGAGCCCGCCGAGGCCGAGGGCCAAAAAGAUGAGCCAGCCGCUGAACCCACCCAAGAAGAAAACUUUACAGACGAGAAACGUGCUACCAUGGAAUGGACUUUCCCUGUCAUGGGGUCUCAACCCGAGGCUAUGCCUGCAAUCGAUGAACAAGUGAGCACCGAUACUGAUCGCCACGAUACCGUGAGAGCACCCGUGCUUGGUUUGCAAAGACAACCUACGCACUCACCCGCAAUUUCUCGCCCGUCAACCUCCGCCUCGAACAACUCGAGCAUGUCCGACUCUGAUUAUGAUCCAUUCCGCUUUGAUCGACCAACAACCCCAAAAGCUUCAUCGCAAUCCACUUCAUUCGACCCGAAAUUCCCAAGCUUGGUCGAUAACGCCUCCGAUGAUGACUCCACCAGGGCCCUUAAUGAUUCUGUCGGGAUUCUUGAUGGGCCUGGACCUGAUGAAGAGGAAGAGGAAGAGGUCCAAGAGGAGUCCCAUCAAACGUGGCAUGAAGAAACGGAUAUCAUAUCUUUGGAUGACUUGCCGCUGCCCACUGCCAUCCCGGUGCCUGACAGGCCCAACGACAUGCCCACCGAGGAAUCUGAGCCAGGAUCACCUGUCAUCGAGGAGCCCUUGCAGACCGCUCGUCGUCGAAACAAUAUCUCCUCGUUUCCUACGCCAUUAAUCAUCGACAGUGAUGCCGGUAUAUCGUUUCCAACCCUGAUUCCCCCCAAUGCCGACAGUUUGAUGGAAAGUGCCGAUGAUGCAACGGUUACAGCUGAGCUGGAUCGUUUGCUGGGUGACUUUUUGGGUGCCCUUUCAGCAACAGCAAAGGCUUUCUCAAGGGCUGACGAUGAGCCGAAAGGGGAUGGUGUCGCUCACCACGUUGCCGAUGCAGUCCCAUAG